AUGGAUAUCGAUAACCCACCUCUAUCAAGCCCCAGUGGCCCGUCAUCGACCCCUGCCGAAGACCGACGCAAAUCCGGUCGACAGACGCGACGGCCCGAAGUAUUCUCGCAGACUACACAUUCUGCCGAAGAACAAGCUGCCGGUGGAAAGCGCAAGCGGGGCGAGGCGCGUGAGGACGGCGAUGAGGACGCGCCCGAGUCCGACAGUGAUGAUAUCGGCGACGACGAGACCGAUGAGGAGGAAUUGAAAGAGAAGCGACGCACCGCACGUCGAACUGGUGCUAACAAAUCCAAAUCGAAACCUAAGACCAAGGGAUCCCACGCUUCGAAGAAACCCAAAGUUGCAAGUAACGGAUUAGGGAGACAGCUCGCCUUCCGACCAGCCACCAAUGGCCGACUGCCCGCUGCCCGUCCCCGGAAACCGAAAGUACGACCUAGUCUCGCGGCAGGUGAACGCGGAUUGUUCGCCGAGGUGUUUGCGAAAAGCAGCAAUGCCGAUACAGUGGCCGCUCAGUGGCUGUCUCAAUACCAGCGCAACAAUGGGCAGGCCAUGCGGGACCUGGUCAACUUCAUACUGCGAUGCACCGGUACCGAUCUUGAGAUCGACAAUAAUGAAGUGGAAGACAUUGACAAUGCCCCGGGCCGAAUCGGAGACUUGCAGAACCUUUACCAAGCAGAAGGCAUCACCGAAUACCCUAUCAUCUCCAAAGCGAAGAAGUUCAGAGCGUUCUCAGUCCUCCUCGAAGAAUUCAUUGUCGCACUGAUACAAACUUUCCAUGCCUCUUCCAUUCUGUACACCGAUGAUACCCUGCUCGAAAACAUUCAGAUCUGGAUCUCUUCCAUGUCAACAUCAAAAUGCCGACCAUUCCGGCAUACGGCGACCUUGAUCUCCCUCGCAAUAAUGAACGCUUUAUGUGAUAUUGCACGUGAGGUGACGACAAGUGUAUCUACCUCCAGAAAACAACUCGAAAGUGAGAAGAAAAAGAAGACGGUAAACAAGGGCCGUGUGGAAGCAAUUAAAACGGCUGUGUCAGAGGGCGAACAGAAGGUGGAGCGACUAGACGAGUUCCUGCAGGAUGGGUUCGAUACUGUAUUUGUCCAUCGCUACCGGGACAUUGACGGUCAGAUCCGUGCCGAGUGUCUGACAGCUCUAGGCGGAUGGAUUCGCACAUACCGAGAAAUCUUCUUUGAGGGCCAGUAUCUGCGAUACCUGGGAUGGACUCUCGCCGAUGUCAUUGCGCAGACCAGACUUGUUGCCUUGACUGAGCUUUUAAGCCUUUAUGAGAACCGUGACAACAUUGCUGGUUUGCACUCAUUCACUGAGCGAUUCCGGCAGCGAAUCGUGGAAAUUGCUGUUCAAGAUGCUGAUGUUUCGGUGCGUAUGGCCGCGAUUGAGUUGCUUAACCACCUUCGUGAAGGGGGCUUACUCGAGCCAAAUGAUAUUGAUGCCGUCGGUCGAUUGGUGUUUGAUUUGGACCCCCGAAUUCGGAAAACAGCUGGACGCUUCUUUGUUGCCAAUAUUCAAGACGCAUACGAGUCAAUCACCGAGGAAGUGGGGGAGGAGAUCGCUGAAUUGCUGGCUGAUGAUGAUGAAGACGACUAUGAAUCGCCUAAGCACUCAUGGAUCAAGUUUAAAUGCCUCACCGAGCUCUUCCAGGCCUACGAUGCACAACAAGCCGAACAGCAAUCAGAGCCAAUGUCUCGUGAUACACUGCUGGGAGCAGCUGUAGAAUCGCGUUUUGCUCUCGCGACUGAGGCUAUCUUCCCCCACCUGGAAGAGCUUGCUCAGUGGCCGUCGCUGGCUGGCUAUCUACUUUAUGACCACUCUCAGAUCACUGAUACACCAUCUGAAGAUGAUACUGCAGGAGUUGUAAAGAACAUGUACAAAAUGCAAGAGGGACAAGAAUCUAUCCUUCUGGAGGUUCUCUGUGCUGCAGUCAAGCUCCGCAUUCUCGACAUCGCCAAGUCUGAUAUCGACAAGCGCGGGCGUAAGACCAAGGCCCUGACAACCAAGAUUUCCGAGCUCCAAGAGGAACUUUCUCACAACCUUGCUCAGAUCAUCCCUGGGCUUCUCAAUAAGUUCGGAUCCACACCGGAAGCUGCUUCUGUCGUUCUGCGACUGGAACACCUUGUGGACCUGAAUACAAUCCAGGAUCUCCAAAAAGACGCUACAGCUUAUACCUCGUUGCUCAAUGAUAUUAACAAGCAAUUCUUGACUCACUCGGAUCAGGAUGUUCUGGCCGAAGCUAGUGUGGCUUUCCUGCAUGCCAAGAGCUCCGAGGAGAUGCGAGAGGCGCUAGAGAGCAAGGUCCAAGAGUUAUGGGAUGAUAUGGUGGAGGCACUGGCUGCCUUGUCUCAUAAGAAGGAUGUCCAGGAAGGUGGCUCAAUAUCCGAUCCCACUCUCACCGACUUGACCAACACUGUCUCUCGAAUUUCGAACCUCGCCGGUAUCACAGAUUGUGCCUCCAUUCUCGAAACUGUCCCUAAUUCACGAUCGAAAUCCAAGAAGGACCACACUGAAGCCCCAUUCAACACUCUCAUUCGUCUUGCCCAACGUGGUCUGCGCUUCGAAGAUGAUGAUGAGGAUAUCGCCAAGGAGGAGAACGAGCUGGUAUCAAGCAGUAUCCGGUCGUUGCUUUUCUAUUUCAUGUGGAAGGUGCAGGCACUGUCCACAGCUUUGAAUGAUGGAAAAGCCUCCUUCAGCACAUCCUACUUCGAAGCACUGACAAAGAGCCGCGAAACUUUCGCCUCAACGCUCAUUAACAUCAUGGAAACGCGCCCCGGGCUGGACGACCUCCGCUUCACAGCAACUACAACAUACCUAGACCUGCAAACGCUCUUCAGCACGCUCCGCAACAUCGGCCAAGAUAACGGCAACGACGAAGACGUCCUGUUCCAAACCCAAGGCCUAAUCCAUGACAUCGGACCUGACACCCAAGCCCUCAUCACCAAGAUCCACGGCAUAGCCGAGCGCACAUGUGCCAAGAAAUCAAGGCUCAACCUCGAGCCCGCAGACGACGACGCCCCGGCCUCAGAAGACGAGCUCGACUCUGAAGAUGAAGCCAACGACUCUGAAGACGAAGCAGUCAUCAACGACCGCCUCCGCAGCAGCAUCGUCGCCGAACAGCGCCUCUGCGAGCUGACAGGCAAGCUCGUCCUCGCCAUCAUCGCCCGUAUCAUCGACGCCUCCGGCUCCAAGCGCGGCGCCCUGAAAAAGCGUCUCCUCCGCAAUAAGACCGCCCUCGGCCACAACUACCGAGAGGUCCUGUCUUACCUGGAAGAGCGUAAGCCCCGCAGUGCCCCCCGCGCCAAGGGGAAACAGCCUGCCAAGGCUGCUGCUUCUCCUGCCAAGGGCUUCAAGUCUACUGAGCACAUUGAUGAUGAUGAUGAUGAGCAUGAUCACCCUGAGCCUAUUGAGGAAGAUGACGAUGAGGAUCUGCGUGCGCGCGGACUUGUCGAAGAGGAUGUUGAACAUGAGAAUGGGGACGAGGACGAGGAACUCACUCCUGCGCCUGAGGCUGAUGAGGAUGAGGUGAUGGGUGACUGA